GGGAAGCCUAGCACUGCAGACGGGCAGCUCUGGAACCGGGGACAUCAGGACCUUGCCAUCGGCUGCACAUUAGCUCUGCUGCGUGGAGAGUGGAGAGGAUGUCACCUCUCCUGACCCUCGGGCUCUUGGUGGCCGGGUUCUGCUCUGUUGUCCUCUGCCACCCGAGUGACACACCGGGCAAUGAGACUCUGACCGAGGAGGAUCAAGACAACGGGACACGUGUGGACAGUGUCAGCUUGGCCUCCAGAAAUGUUGACUUUGCCUUCAGCCUCUACAAGCAAGUGGCUUCGAAGGACCCGAAGAAAAACAUCGUCUUCUCCCCAGUUAGCGUCUCAGUCGCCUUGGCUUUCCUGUCCCUGGGGGCACACAGCAGCACCCUGGAGGAGAUUCUAGAAGGCCUGACGUUCAACCUCACGGAGACCCCUGAGGCCGACAUCCACAGGGGCUUCAGACACCUCCUGCGCAUGCUCAGCCAGCCGGGGGACCAGCUGCAGCUUCGCAUGGGCAACGCCAUGUUCGUCAAAGAGCAGCUGCAGGUCCUGGCCAAGUUCAAGGAAGGUGCGCAGGCGCUGUACCACGCCCAGGCCUUCACCACCAACUUCCAGCACCCUGCCAAGGCCAAGAAACUCAUCAAUGACUACGUGAAGAGGCAGACUCAGGGGAAAAUCAAAGACCUGAUCACUGGCCUGGACCCCAGGACAGCCAUGGUGCUGGUAAAUUACAUCUUCUUCAAAGGCAAGUGGAAGACACCCUUUGACCCCCGCGACACCUUCGAGUCCGAGUUCUACUUGAGCAGGAAGCAGUCUGUGAAGGUGCCCAUGAUGAAGGUUGAGGACCUGACUGUGCCCUACUUCUGGGACGAGGAGCUGUCCUGCUCCGUGGUGGAACUGGAUUACCAGGGCAAUGCCAGCGCCCUCCUCAUCCUCCCUAACCAAAUGCAGCAGCUAGAGGCCAGCCUGGUUCCAGAGACCCUGAAGCGCUGGAAGGACUCUCUGAAGCCCAGGAUGAUCGAUGAACUCUACCUGCCCAAGUUCUCCAUUUCCAGCAACUAUAAUCUGGAGCACAUCCUUCCCCAGCUGGGCAUCAGAGAAGUCUUCUCCACCCAGGCUGACCUGUCCAGGAUCACAGGGGCCAGGGACCUGUAUGUCUCCCAGGUGGUCCACAAGGCCGUACUGGAUGUGACUGAGGUAGGCACAGAGGCAGCCGCUGCCACAGGUGUCAAAUUUGUCCUCAUGUCUGGGAGAUUCGACCCGAUGAUCUUAAGUUUCAACAAGCCCUUCGUCAUGGUUAUGGUGGACAGAAACUCCAACAGUAUCCUCUUUAUGGCCAAAGUCGCCAACCCCAAGCAAGCCUAGGGCUCCCUGCUGAGGGACGGGCGCCUCGCUUGGGAGCCAUUGGUGGAGCUCACGUGUGGGUCUCGGCAUGCAGCCUGGCUGCCGUCUGUGGGGUGGCCCUGCUUCUCAUCUUUUGGACAGUGGCAUUCAGAUCCCACAGUCACAGGCCCCUAACAGAAUGAGCCCUGCUUCCUGGGCCCCGACUUCCUGUUCCCUGUAUCCCUCUCUCUGACUGCCUGGCUACUUUGCAUCUGCCUGUGCCCCAAAGCCGGCUCCUGCCCUGCCACCAGGCUCAGUCCCACCCCAGGCCCUGGGCCCACGGCUCUCAGCUUGAGCAACCUUGCCAAGACCACACAAGCUCACGGCCCAACAUACCUGGACCUCGGCCCACCACGAGAGGGCUCUGCUGCUCGGAGGCUCAUUCUGUGUCUGGGGCCACCUACGGUCCAGUUCAAGCUGCCGUUGCCCUGCCCUAGACCCAGGUCCCGGUUCUGUCUACUGCAUCUGCCGCAGCCUCCAGAGCCCUCACCCCGCCGCUGCGUAGGGCCGACUGCUUGGAGCCCUGCUGCCCCCCAGCCCCACCCUAAAGUGGGCAGGAUGUUGCAUGGCAACUCCCAUAGCACCCAAAACACAGAGUGGGGAGCAAACGAGCAAUAAACACAGAACUGAAAGUUCUGGCAGAAAGUGGCCAGGCAGGACUGCAGGAAUGGCUUACUGGUUAAGGCACAUGGCUGCAAAGCCAAAGGAUCCCGGUUCGACUCUCCAGGACCCACGUAAGCCAGAUGCACAAGGGGGUACAUGUAUCUGAGUUCGUUUGCAGUGGCCCA